AUGAAAGGCCUGGAGGAGAAGGAGGGGUUUCCAGUCCAAGGCCGGGGUCCUGGUCUGAGCCCCAGCAGGGCUACCUUCUGCACCAUCACUAUCUCUGUGGCCUUCGUCUCCAGCUCCCAACAUGAGAUGAUGCUGAGUGUACCACUUACAAAGCUGCGGUUACUCAAUGGUGGGGCAGAGGCUGAAAACCCAGCCCUUCUGACGCACCCCCUCCUUCCCCCAUCCCUCCUGCCCCAGCCCCUCCAGCUGGAUGCCAGGCCUCCUCCAGCGGGAGGGAGCAGCGCCAUGGUGGAGCCAGCAGCCCCCACAGAGGCCCAUCUGCCCCUCGGAAAGACCCGGACCAAAGACAAGUACCGCGUGGUCUACACCGACCACCAGCGCCUGGAGCUGGAAAAGGAGUUCCACUACAGCCGUUAUAUCACCAUCCGGCGGAAAUCGGAGCUGGCUGCCAACCUGGGGCUAACUGAACGGCAGGUGAAGAUCUGGUUCCAAAACCGGAGGGCAAAGGAGCGCAAAGUGAACAAGAAGAAACAGCAGCAGCAGCAGCAGCAGCAGCAGCAGCAGCAGCAGCAGCCCCCACAGCCACCACUGCCAGCCCACGAAGUCACCCCCACUGCCGCUGGGCCGCCCCUGGGGGGCCUGUGCCCCAGCUCCGCUAGCCUCCUGGGCGCCUCCUCCCCAAUGCCUGUCAAGGAGGAGUAUCUGCCUUAGCCCCCUGCCCAGCCUUGUGGGCU